AUGGCGGACCCAGAAAGAUUCCAUAGAUGGGGAAGAUUCCAUAGAGGGCGCUUCUUCGUCUCUCACUUUUGCUGCUUUUGUACGCUUUCCUUCAUCUUUUGCUGCCUUUGGGCGAUCCGCCCCAUCAAUUAUCUCGCGAUCGAAAGAGAAGAACCUUCUCAUUCAAAAGAUCAGACAUACCGGGCGUCUUCCUCAUCGAACCCUCCCCACGAAGGAGAUUAUAGAUGCGGAGGAAACGAUAACGAUGAUCUGAAUUCCAAGGUGUGUUCGUCACCGAACCCUAGAGGAGAUUUUCAAGGCAGAGACGAACAGCAGAAAGGAAACAUCAACGAGGAUCUGAAUUCCAAGGCGUCUUCCUCAUCGGCCCCUCCAUAUGGAGGAGAUUAUGAAGGUGGAGACGAACAGAUGAAAGGAAAUGAUAACAAAGAUCUGAAUUCCAACGCGUCUUCCUCAUCGAACCCUCCGCAUGUAGGAGAUUAUGAAGGUGGACACGAACAGCAGGGAGGGAACAACUACGAAGUGUUCUUAAGCUUUAGCGGAAAAGACACUCGCAAAGGUUUUACUAAUCAUCUCUAUAAACGCCUUUCCAAUGCAGGAAUUCUAGUGUUCGUCGACAAAAAUAAUCUCCCUGUUGGUGAGGCGUUUGGUCCGGAACUUAUCCGCACUAUUACGCUAUCGAAUAUCUCGAUCCCAAUUAUAUCGGAGAACUAUACGUUCAGCAAAUGGUGCCUUCGGGAGUUGGUUCAUAUGUUGAAGUGCAGGAGAAACGGAGGGCAAAAAAUUGUGCCCAUAUUUUACAAAGUGAAACCCUCGCAGGUGCGAUAUCUUAAAGGGAGAUUGAGAGAUGCAUUCAUUGCACGUAAUGAAAGCGUGGACGGAAUAGAUUUCAAGGAAUGGGAAGAUGCGCUCGAAGAAGUCAGUAAACUGGAAGCACUGGAAUCUGAAGAAAUUGAUAAUGGGCACGAGGGAACACUGGUUGAAAUGAUUUUUCGAAAAGUUAUGCUCGAUUUAAAAAGACUUUCUCAGGUAAAUGUUCCCGAACAAUUAGUGGGAAUUGAUGAUCGUGUGGAACAAAUUAUGGGAUUGAUAGAUGAUGGAUUCAAUCGUACGAAGAUAAUCGGAAUUUAUGGAAUGGGUGGCAUCGGUAAAACAACUCUUGCAAAGGUAUUAUACAAUAGACUCUCUAGUCGUUUGCACUAUCGUAGGUUCGUGGCGGAUAUUCGAGAAACAUCUCAGCGCAAGGGUAUUUGCUAUGUACAAGAUCAACUCAUUUCUGCCACGAUAGGAAAUUUCCAUGGUGUGACUAAUGUUGAUGAGGGAAUUGGUGUCAUCAAAUCUCUAUUUAAAAAUAAGAAUGUCCUCAUUCUUUUCGAUGAUAUGGAUGAUGAUACACACUUGAAUGCUUUGGUCGGAGAUGGUAGUUGGUAUUCAUCAGGAAGUGUAAUCAUCAUCACAACUAGAAACAAGAAUAUUCUUGACAAGAUUGAGGCAAGCAUCAUGUAUCAAGUCGUCCAGUUGCCUUCAAAUGUAUCAUUGAUUUUAUUUAGCAGACAUGCAUUUCGAGAGGAUUCUCCUCCUAAUGGUUAUGAGGUUAUCUCUCAUGAUAUCGUAUCUACUACGGCGGGGCUUCCCUUAGCUCUCGAAGUUAUAGGUGCAUUCUUAUGGGGAAAGAAAAUGGAAGUAUGGAAAAGUACAUCAAAGAAAUUAAAGGAAAUCCUUGAUACAAGAGUGAAGGAGAGAUUGAAGAUAAGCUAUGAUGAAUUGGAUUUUGAGGACCAACAAAUAUUUUUGGAUAUUGCAUGUUUUUUUAUUGGAUUACCUCAACAAAUGCCAACUGAUAUGUGGGAUGCUUGUGGUUUUUUUCCUGGAAAGGGGAUUGAAGUAUUGAGUCUGAUGUCCCUAAUAAAAAUUGAUAAAGACGGCAAUCUAUGGAUGCAUGAUCAAUUGAGAGAUCCGGGAAGAGAUAUUGUUCGUCUAGAAAAUCCAGACGAGCCUCAAAAGCGCAGCAGAUUAUGGAAUCAUGAGGAAGUUGUAGAAGUGCUUGAAAGAAACCAGGACAUAAUUGAGGAGCAAUCUGUUGGUCAUGAUUCUCAUGAGUUGUUUGUUAUGAUAAAUAAGACUUCCAUUCAUUUGUGA